CUGGCCCCACGUCUGGGCGGUGAGCUGCUGGUGCCUUGUGCCCCGCCGCAGGAUCCAGCCUCUGCCCCAGCCAGGUCCAGGGGAACCGGCAGCGAGGUGACUGUUCCCAAGAUGUCCCUCUGGAGCAUCAUCUCCCACAUGCCGCCGGAGGAGUUCAGUGGCCUCUUCACAGAGUUUCCCCGCAGCCUGCGCUGUCUCCUGGCUGACUGGCUGGAGAACCAGCCCUGGGAGUUCAUCAAUGGCUCGGACGCCUUCUGCACCAGCGUGGCCAGCGGCAUGCUCUCAGCCAUGCUGGAGAAGCUCCGCAGUGCUGCCGGCAGCGAUGGGCAGCAGUGCCAGAUCCUCCAGCAAGUUAGCAGCAUCGAGAAUGCCUAACGGCGGGACCCACUGCGGCUGGUGGCCGUCCUGAAAGCGAUCCUGGAGGGUGAGAAGGCUGCUGUGCUCAAGAGGGACCACCACCUGCCCCUCAGCUUCCACCGGCGGCAGGAGGAGCUGAAGUUCAGCCUGGGGCUGCAGCGGCUGCAGCACCACGUCCGUGAGGUCCAGGUGCUGCGGGACAGCCCUGCAGCCUCUCUGCAGCUGAACGUGCGGGAGCCGCAGCUGAAGACAGACACGAAACCCCCAGAGAGCGAGCUGCCCACCCUGAUCCUCGAGGCCGUGAAAGAGCUGGAGGCAGCCAAGCAGCAGGUACUGAAGAGGAUCCAAAUCUGGAAGAGGCAGCAGCAGCUGGCAGGGAACGGGGCCCUCUUUGAGGAGAACCUAGCUCCGCUGCAGAAGAGGUGUGAGAGCCUGGUCGAGGUUUACUUCCAGCUGCACCAGCAGGUGAUGGCAGCAAGCACAGAGCUGGGGGCUGAGGUGCUGCCCCGGCUCCUGGAGCGGUUCAACGAGGUGUUAUCCAGCCUGGUCAAGAGCUCCUUCCUGGUAGAGAAGCAGCCCCCACAGGUGCUGAAGACCCAGACCAAGUUCCAGGCAAGUGUCCGGUUCCUGCUGGGCCCCCAGCUGCUGAAGGCAUCGGCCAAGCCCUACAUGGUGCGGGCUGACAUGGUGACGGAGAAGCAGGCACGGGAGCUGGCACUCAGCGCCUACAGCAACACCCUCAGCGAGAGCACAGGGGAGAUCAUGCAUAACGUGGUGGCCCUGGAGACCAACCCUACCAGCGGGACCUGCUGUGCCAACUUCAAGAACGUGCUGCUGAAGAAGAUCAAGCGCUGCGAGCGGAAGGGGUCCGAGUCAGUGACGGAGGAGAAGUGUGCCGUCCUAUUCAGCACCACCGUGGCCGUGACCCCCAGCAAUCUUUCCGUCCACCUCCAGGUCCUGUCUCUGCCCAUCGUGGUCAUCGUCCAUGGGAACCAGGACAAUAACGCCAAAGCAACCGUGCUGUGGGAUAAUGCCUUCUCCGAGAUUGACCGGGUGCCCUUCGUGGUGGCCGAGCGGGUGCCCUGGGAAAAGAUGUGCGAUACGCUGAACCUGAAGUUCAUGGCGGAGGUGCAGACCACCAAGGGGCUUCUCAAGGAGCACUACUUCUUCCUGGCCCAGAAGAUCUUUAAUGACCACAGCGCUAGCCUUGAGGACUUCCAGAGCCGCAGCGUCUCCUGGGCCCAGUUCAACAAGGAGAUCCUGCCUGGUCGGGGAUUCACCUUCUGGCAGUGGUUUGAUGGAGUCCUCGACCUCACCAAGAGAUGCCUCAAAAGCUACUGGUCAGACAGGCUCAUCAUUGGCUUCAUCAGCAAGCAGUAUGUCUGCAAGCUCCUGAGCACGGAGCCUGACGGGACCUUCCUGCUCCGCUUCAGUGACUCAGAGAUUGGGGGUGUCACUAUUGCUCACAUCAUUCGGGGCAAGGAUGGGUCCAGCCAGGUGGAGAACAUCCAGCCCUUCUCUGCCAAGGACCUGUCCAUCCGGUCCCUUGGCGACCGCAUCCGCGACCUAGGGCAGCUCCGCAACCUCUACCCCAACACCCCCAAGGACCAGGCGUUCGGGAGUCACUACAACAAAGAGCAGACGGGCAAGGACGGCCGGGGCUAUGUCUCCACCGCCAUCAAGAUGACAGUGGAAAGUGAAAGGGACCAGCAGCCCCAGAGCGCUGCGGGGGGCCCCCCCGAGGCCCCCCAGGCUCAGAUGUUCAGCCUGCCCGUGCUGCAGCCUGAGCUGCACCCAGAGAGCCUGCAGUCAGUGCUCAGCCCUAUCUGCCCCCCUGCUCCCUUCUGCCCCCAGCCCGUCCCCACAGGCUACCCUGCAGGUGAGAGCGACAUCAACAUGAUGGUCUCUGAUAACCUCAGGUCUUCCUUCCCCAGCACAUCACCGAUGCUCUCACCGUCCCUGGUCGGAGACCCUGCGCUGCCCCGCUGCCAAGACCUUGCCUUCAGGAACCCCUUGCACUUCAUGCCCAACCAGUACAUGAUGGGGGAGGCCUCGCAGCUGCUGUCUGGGGGCCCCUCGCCAGAGCCACAGGACGAGGAGAUGCCCGAAUUGACCCUGUUCACACCGAUGGUGGACCCACCACUGCAGAGCUCCCCAAGGUGGAUGCCGCCCAGCAUGGACCUGCCGCCUGGCUCAGACUUCGACCAGUUCCUGCAGGAGAUGUCCCUGGAGGGCCCUGCACUGUGCCCCCCCUUCACACCCUCCCUGCAGCGCAGCAGGUACCCCAGCCCCAAUGCCUCUUGCUGGGGGCUGGGGGAGUCUCGGUGGGAUGACAGCGUCCGGCCAGGGCAUGCAUGAGGAGGCUGCGGGGCUGCUGGGGGGGACGUCGGACUGUGACCCCCGCCACAGCCUUGUCUGGGUUCCUGGACUUGAUAUGACUUGUGCUGAGGUGGAAACUCUGGCAGGGGAGGGGGGGAUUUUCUGGGGGGGGCGGUAGCACUUUGGGUAACACCCUGCCCCCCCUUGCAUAUAUGCCACACUUUGGAGUACAGAGCCGCUGCCUGCCCAUGCCACUGUUGGGGUCCACAGUCCCAGGAGGCGGUGGGUGAGGGAGUGCAGGCACAGGGGCCCCGACCCGCGUGGGAGGUGCCUGCAGCAGAGCGCAGUGCCCCCAGCCCACGCUGCUGGGCUCAGCCCCGUGGGGGCCGGGAUGAGUCAGCUGUGGGGGCGGGAGGUGGCAGCGGGAAACACGCUGGGGCAGCUGUGCCAGCUCGGUGCGUGACGGGGCCUUCCCCCUACCUGGGGGAUGCUGGGACCCCCUGCACUGGUCUGGGGGGGAUGGACACCUCACACACCCGCAGUUGGCACUUGCUUUGGGGUUUGUGAGCUGCCCCCCUCCCCCCCCCCCCGGCCUGGAGCGGGGCUGUGGCAGGGAGAGAGAGCCUAGGGGCAUGGGGGAAGGAAGAUAAGC